AUGCCUUGCCCGUCGAGAUCUGAUGAGUUGAUUUUCUUCGUAAACGGGAGGAAGGUGCUAGAAAGGAAUGCAGACCCAGAAGUCACUCUGCUGACCUUCCUGCGAAAGAACUGGACCCUUUUGAUCAUGUCUUCUUUACGCCUCACGGGAACCAAGUACGCCUGCGGAAGAGGAGGCUGUGGGGCCUGCACCGUGAUGGUGUCUAAGCAUGACCCCGUGUCCGGGAAGAUAAGGCACUCUUCCGUCACCGCGUGCCUGGUGCCCAUCUGCUCUCUGUAUGGAGCUGCCGUCACCACCGUAGAAGGUGUAGGAAGCAUCAACACCAGGCUUCACCCCGUGCAGGAGAGGAUUGCCAAGAGCCAUGGCACCCAGUGCGGGUUCUGCACCCCGGGGAUGGUGAUGUCCAUGUACACGCUGCUCAGGAACCACCCGCACCCCUCAGAGGAGCAGCUCAUGGAAGCCCUGGGAGGUAACCUUUGCCGCUGCACUGGGUAUCGGCCAAUUCUCGCGAGUGGACAGACCUUCUGCGCGGAGUCAAGUGGCUGUCAACAGAAAGGAAGAGGAACAUGCUGCUUGGAUCAGGGAGAAAAUGACUCCUCCUCGCUGGGCAGGCAAAGUGACAUUUGCAUGGAGCUAUUUGCGAAAGAGGAGUUCCAGCCCUUGGACCCUACCCAGGAGCUCAUAUUUCCCCCAGAACUCUUGAGAAUGGCGGAGAAUCCAGAAAAACGAACCCUGACCUUUCAUGGAGAGAGGGUGACCUGGAUCUCCCCUGGGACCCUCAAGGAUCUCCUGGAGCUGAAAGUAAAGCACCCCAAAGCCCCUCUCAUCCUGGGCAACACCUCACUGGGACCUGCAAUGAAGUCUCAAGGACAUUUUCACCCAGUUCUCCUCUCUCCUGCUAGGAUUUCUGAGCUGAGUAUGGUGUCCAAAACCAGUGAUGGACUGACAAUAGGUGCCAGCUGCAGUCUGGCCCAGGUGAAGGACAUCCUGGCUGAAAGGGUUUCCGAGCUCCCAGAAGAGAAAACUCAGACAUACCGAGCCCUCCUGAGGCACCUGAAGAGUCUGGCGGGCCAGCAGAUCCGGAACAUGGCGUCCUUAGGGGGACACAUUGUAAGCCGGCACUGCUCUUCGGAUCUGAAUCCAGUUCUGGCCGUGGGCAACACUACCCUCAACCUGAUAUCAGAAGAAGGUACACGGAAGAUUCCUCUAAACAGAGAAUUUCUUGCUGGCUUGGCAAGUGCAGACCUUAAGCCAGAGGAAAUUUUGGAGUCUGUGUAUAUCCCCCACUCUCAAAAGUGGGAAUUUGUGUCAGCCUUCCGACAGGCUCAGUGCCAGCAAAACGCCUUGGCCCACGUGAAUGCUGGCAUGCGAGUCCUCCUCAAAGAAGGCACAGAUGCCAUCGAGGACCUGAGCAUUGCCUAUGGAGGGGUCGGGGAUGCCACAGUCAGUGCACAUAAGUCCUGCCAGCAGCUUCUAGGGUGGCGCUGGAAUGAGCUGAUGCUGGACGAGGCCUGCAGGCUGCUUCUGGAUGAAGUCUCCCUCCCAGGCUGGGCUCCAGGGGGCAGCGUGGAGUUCAAGAGGACUCUGCUGGUCAGCUUCUUCUUCAAAUUCUACCUAGAGGUUCUGCAGGAACUGAAGAGGCUGCCACCACCUCAAACAGACAGCCAUCAUUUUCCUGAAAUUUCAGACCAAUUCCUAAGUGCUCUAGAAGAUUUCCCGGCCACAGUACCCCAGGGAGUCCAAAGGUACCAGAAUGUGGAUUCUCACCAACCCCUCCAAGAUCCAGUCGGACGCCCCAUCAUGCACCUGUCAGGUCUCAAACAUGCCACAGGUGAAGCCAUAUUCUGUGAUGACAUCCCCACGGUGGAUAAAGAACUUUCCAUGGCUUUGGUGACCAGUACCAGAGCUCAUGCAAAAAUCAUAUCGGUUGAUUUGUCCAAGGCCCUUGAACUACCUGGGGUGGUUGAUGUGAUAACAGCGGAGGACAUUCCAGGCACCAAUGGUGCCGAAGACGACAAAUUAUUGGCUGUGGAUGAGGUACUUUGCGUGGGCCAGAUCAUCUGUGCUGUGGUUGCAGAGACAGAUGUACAGGCAAAGCGUGCAAUUGAAAAGAUAAAGAUCACCUACGAAGAUCUGGAGCCCGUAAUCUUAACCAUCAAGGAUGCCAUAAAACACAACUCAUUCCUGUGCCCUGAAAAGAAACUUGAACAAGGAAACAUUGAGGAGGCAUUUGAAAAAGUCGACCAAAUUGUUGAAGGAGAGGUCCAUGUUGGAGGACAGGAGCAUUUUUACAUGGAGACACAGAGAGUGCUUGUUAUUCCAAAGACAGAGGACAAAGAACUGGACAUUUAUGUGUCAGCACAGGACCCGGCCCACGUGCAGAAAACAGUGUCCUCUACUCUAAACAUCCCCAUCAACAGGAUCACCUGUCAUGUAAAGCGAGUGGGUGGAGGUUUUGGUGGGAAGGUGGGAAGACCAGCUGUAUUCGGGGCUAUUGCAGCUGUGGGCGCCAUCAAAACUGGUUACCCCAUUCGUCUUGUUCUUGAUCGUGAAGAUGAUAUGUUAAUAACUGGGGGAAGACACCCAUUAUUUGGAAAAUAUAAAGUGGGGUUCAUGAACAGCGGGCGAAUCAGAGCUCUCGACAUCGAGUGCUUCAUUAACGGCGGGUGCGCGCUGGAUGACUCGGAGCAGGUAACAGAAUUUCUUAUACUAAAGCUGGAAAAUGCGUAUAAAAUCCGCAACCUCAGGUUCCGGGGCCGUGCAUGCAUGACAAAUUUACCAUCCAACACGGCCUUUCGAGGAUUUGGCUUCCCACAAGGCACCCUGGUAACAGAGUCUUGCAUCACAGCUGUGGCAGCCAAAUGCGGGCUUCUGCCAGAAAAGAUUAGGGAGAAAAACAUGUACAAAACAGUUGAUAAAACCAUCUACAAACAAGCGUUCAACCCUGAGACACUGAUAAGAUGUUGGAACGAAUGUCUGGACAAGUCUUCCUUUCAUAGCAGAAGAAGGCAAGUAGAAGAGUUCAAUAAGAAGAAUUAUUGGAAGAAGAAAGGUCUGGCUGUUGUCCCCAUGAAGUUUUCCGUUGGCUUUGCUGCAACAAGCUUUCAUCAGGCAGCUGCCCUGAUUCACAUCUACACAGACGGGUCUGUAUUGGUCACACAUGGAGGCAAUGAACUGGGACAAGGUAUUCACACCAAAAUGCUACAGGUGGCCAGCCGUGAAUUAAAAAUACCCAUGUCUUAUAUGCACAUCUGUGAAACAAGUACAGCCACGGUGCCUAAUACCAUUGCGACUGCAGCAUCCAUCGGUUCGGAUGUCAAUGGCAGAGCUGUGCAGAAUGCUUGUCAGAUCCUCCUGAAACGCCUUGAGCCCAUCAUUAAGAAAAAUCCAGAAGGUACAUGGGAAGACUGGAUAGAAGCUGCUUUUGAACGAAGAAUCAGUCUUUCAGCCACUGGAUACUUCAGGGGCUACAAGGCCUUCAUGGACUGGGAGAAGGGGGAGGGAGACCCCUUUCCCUACUAUGUCUAUGGAGCAGCCUGCUCUGAGGUGGAAAUCGACUGCCUGACAGGAGCUCACAGGAAAAUCAGAACGGACAUCGUCAUGGAUGCAUGUUGCAGCCUAAAUCCAGCCAUUGAUAUUGGACAGAUUGAAGGCUCUUUCAUUCAGGGAAUGGGCCUUUAUACCACUGAAGAGCUGAAAUAUUCCCCAGAAGGGGUCCUGUACUCUCGAGGCCCAGAUGAGUACAAAAUCCCAACCAUCACUGACGUCCCAGAGGAGUUCAAUGUCUCCUUGUUGCCGUCAUCACAAACCCCACUAACCAUCUAUUCAUCCAAGGGCCUGGGCGAGUCGGGGAUGUUUCUGGGGUCAUCUGUGUUCUUCGCCAUCGCUGAUGCUGUGGCCACAGCACGCAGAGAAAGAGACGUAGCCGAGGACUUCACAGUGAGGAGCCCCGCAACGCCAGAAUGGGUUCGAAUGGCCUGUGCAGACCGCUUCACAGAGAUGAUCCCAAGAGAUGACCCUAAGAUAUUUAAACCUUGGUCUGUCCCUAUAGCAUAACACUGCUGCCAUUUCCUAAAAGGUGUUGCAGUUCUUCACAAGUGAAAAGAUGGCUUGUUAAUCCUAACUGGACUCCAAACUGAUGUUCUUUUACUG